AUGCCGACCCCAGAAUCCCCGGCUUUCCUGGCGAAGAAGCCAACCGUCCCUCCGACCUUCGACGGCGUCGACUACGAGGACAACAAGCGACUAAAGCAGGCGCAGGAUGCCGUCGUCCGGGAACAAUGGGUGCAAGUGAUGAUGGGUCGGCUUGUGCGGGAAGAGCUGAGCAAAUGCUACUACCGCGAGGGUGUCAACCACCUCGAGAAGUGCGGUCCUUUGCGAGAGAAAUACCUCCAGAUGCUCAAGGACCAUCGGGUACGGGGAUUCCGGUUCGAGCAACAGAACUACAUCGACAAGAAAUAG